AUGUCAAUCAUCAGACUUUCCCAUUCACUCACAAGUACAGAAACAAUGAAUGCACAGAUCGGGGCCGCAGAAAUCUAUCCACAAAAUCUUGUUAGUAUGGACCCGCAGAGUCACAUACCGGAAAGCAAUGCUUUAAUUGCACUAGAUUUCCUGAUAAUUCACAUGUUCGUGAAUAGGCCUGAAUUAAAUUCUCUCCAUCUUAUAGACGCUCAGAGUUUACUCCUGGGAAUGUUUCUAAUUUUGAAAGUUCGUCAUCUCUCAUUAACUCACUGUUAUGGGCAAACACCUCUUUAUUUUCCGCAGAGUGCUUGUUAG